AUAUCUGUCAAUUUUAGGGAGAGAAGGUCAAAGUGAGGCAUCAGCCGGUCUUUAUCGAAUAAAUUUUGAUUCCAAGUUCCAAUCAUGCCCGGAAAAUAUAAAAUUGUAAUGAUUCGCCACGGCGAAAGCGAGUGGAAUCAGAAGAACUUGUUCUGCGGUUGGUUUGAUGCUGACCUUAGCGACAAAGGUCGUGAAGAAGCUACCGCUGCUGGUAAGGCGUUGAAAUCUGAGGGAUAUCAAUUUGAUGUCGCCCACACCUCUGUGCUUAAACGGGCACAGAUCACUUUGAAUUCUGUCCUGCAGGAAAUCGGACAGACUGACCUGCCUGUCCAGAAGACUUGGCGCCUUAACGAGAGGCAUUAUGGUGGACUUACGGGUCUCAACAAGGCUGAGACAGCCGCUAAAUACGGUGAAGCUCAGGUUCAGAUCUGGCGCCGCAGUUUCGACGUGCCCCCACCACCCAUGGAGAAGGACCACCCGUACUAUGACACCAUUGUCAAUGACCCCCGGUACGCUGGCGACCCAAAACCCGAAGAAUUCCCCAUGUACGAAAGCUUGAAACUCACCAUUGAAAGGACUCUGCCUUACUGGAACGACGUCAUCGUCCCUCAAAUCAAAGAAGGAAAGAGGAUAAUCAUCGCAGCGCACGGAAACAGCCUUAGGGGCAUUGUUAAGCAUUUGGAUCAACUCAGUGACGCUGCCAUCAUGGAGUUGAACCUCCCCACCGGUAUUCCAUUUGUUUACGAACUCGACGAAGACAUGAAACCAGUAGAUUCCAUGGUCUUCCUUGGCGACGAGGAGACCGUAAAGAAGGCUAUGGCCGCCGUAGCUGCCCAGGGCAAAGCUAAGUAAAUGUCUCCAGUUCUGUAUGUUACUACAUUAUAAUAAUAUUAAGUACGUAUAGUCAUUUUAAUUUAUUGUUGUUAUCUUGAAGAUAAUGUAUGCUAUAAUAAGUUGUUUGAAUACUCUAUGUGAAACAUAUUGUGUAUGUAUAGUAAAUUAUUAUAGAGAUUAAUACUGCC